ACAGGUCUUUGGGGGAAAAUAGGCGAAGGCCCUAUGGAAACACAAUGGAGGUCUAUGGACGACGUGCAGGCCAACAGACGGUUCAACGGGUCCUCUGAGCAGAUAAGUCUUCCCCAUACAAACCAGACGAGGGUUCAUUGCUAUUGACCCGCGAGAACAGCGCGUCCACUGAGCCUCCCCACCUUGAAUGGCCUUGUUGAAAAGGAGAGCCAUAAAUUGUCGGAUGAGCAGGGGGGGGAGACUCUGCAUCCCCCUCCUCUCGCAUCCCCCUCUCUCACAUGCUAUCUCUUUCUUUCCUUUACCAAGUAGUGGUUUCCAUCUCACCAAACCCUUUUUCCCCUGAAUGUUUAAAAAGAUGAAAGGAUAAGGAAAAGAAUGGAGACAAAAGAGGGGAGGGUUACGUUACAACCCUGCCCCUGAGAGACUGCUCAUGAAAGAGUCCGGGGAUGGGAGAGAUAGGGACCGGAGAGGAGACACAGAAAGAGAAGGGGGAUCAUGAAAAGAGGUUUUUCAAACUGAAAGCCGCUAAAACGGGUCAUUUCUGUAUAGAGGCAGACUAAAGUGCAGUCUUCACUCAGGGAUGGAGACAUUUAACACUGUCAAUACCCUCAAAUAGAGGGGAGCGUUGAUGUACUUGCACCCAUUGACUGAUUACACGAACACACACAAUCACACACACAUACACACACUGCAUAUUUUCUGUUUUUCUUAACCAUGCCCAUCGUACAGCAGCACUUGGUGUAGAUUUCAGAGAAUCUUCCACCAGAUUAUCAUUACCAUUAACACACAAACACUGCCUGGUGUGUCCCUCACAAGCGUUCCUCCCUCCUGGCAUUUGGUGUCAGUCACUCGAAAUCCUUGCAACCCUCCCACCAUUCUCUCUAUCUCUGACUUUGUCUGAACUUGCCCUGUAUGCACUUAGAUAUUUCUGCCUCAGGGUGCAUCAGUGAGAGUUGGAGUCUGAAAAAAAGAGGAAGAGAAAGUUGUGAGCUUGAUGCAGACAGGAGUGGCGGUCAACCAAAGACGACGAUUGAAAAGGCAGUGAUGCACAAAUGUUGUUUUCUUGCUGUCUUGCUCCUUCUCUCUCAUAGACAAAACUAACUGCAACGAUUCCCCAAUCAAGGAUGUACAGAGGUUGAUUCAAUGUUCCUUCACUGAAUAGUUUUUCAUUCUUAUUGUCAUGUGUCUCUUUGUUUUUGUUCUAAAGCCAGAGUCACCAAAAGCCUUUAAAUCAGAUCAUAAUCCAGGGAAUAAAACAAUUUUCACAGCGGUUAUCUGUUUUUCUUUCUGGGAUUUCUCUUUUCAACAAACAUGUUUCAUAACCCAAACAAAUCUUCAGACCUUUAUUAAAGCCUGACUAAAACAAAACUGAUCCUUUUCACAACCUGCCUGUUAGAUGAGGAACUUGCCUUUGGCCACAUCACUCACCGUGUCUCAUAGCUGGAAUAUUAACUUCAUUUUCUACGUAUUAUCUUCUGCUCAUGAUCCACCUUGUUCAAUCCUGUCAUUUUAAACCUAUUCUCAUUUCCAGAUGUCACUUUCACUACCUCCAGCUCCUCCAAGAAAUGUUUUCCCACACGCAGCGCCAUCACACAUCAACUUGUUGCUUCGCGUUGGACAUCCUCCUUCAUUUGAAACUGGGAUCUGAGCGUAAUUGGAAGAUGACGCAAAGACUGUGACUUUGCCUACCGUCCUCUCUCCCUCUUCAUCUCCACAUCCCUCUUCGCGUCUGUGUGUCCCUCCCGAUGCCUUGCUCUCGUCAGAUGGGAGACAGCGACACACAGCAGACAGGAUGACAAACCAGUCGACAGCCAACCAGUCCAACACAAACAAGAAGGAGAAAGAAGAAAGCCAGCGAGAUGACAACACAGAUGUUGCGUAUAAAGAUGCAGGCCACUGCAGCCGCAACACCCACAACCUGCUGCUGGGACUCACUGUUCUGGGUGUUGUCAUGGGAUCGCUGUUUGGGAUGCUGUUGCGGUACAUGACUGUGAAGGACGAUGCCGCCCUCACUAUGAUUUCCUUCCCUGGAGAUAUCCUCAUGAGGAUGCUGAAGAUGCUCAUCCUGCCUCUAAUCAUUUCCAGUCUAAUCACAGGACUGGCUGGUCUAGAUGCCCGCUCCAGUGGCAGGAUGGGAAGUAGAGCCAUGGUGUAUUACAUGACCACCACUGUAAUCGCUGCCAUCCUUGGGGUCAUCCUGGUGUUGGGUAUCCACCCUGGGAACCCAAAACUAAGGGGGGGAGGUGGCGCAACAAACUCAGCCCCGAGGAACCCAGAGGUCAGCAGUCUGGACGCCUUCCUCGACCUGCUCAGGAACCUCUUUCCUGAGAACCUUGUGCAGGCCUGCUUCCAACAGGUUCAGACAGUGCUGAAAAAGGUGCCAGUUGUCGUACAAAACCAAACUGAGCCCCUCUUUGAGAACAGGAAGAAACUGGAGUACAAAUGGGGCAUGAACGUCCUUGGCUUGAUCGGCUUCUUCAUCACCUUUGGGAUCUGCAUGGGCAGGAUGGGCGAGCGAGGGAAGGUCAUGUGCGAAUUCUUCAACAUCCUCAACGAGAUUAUCAUGACGAUGGUCUCCAUGAUCAUGUGGUACUCUCCUGUCGGCAUUGCCUCCCUGAUUGCGGGGAAGAUUGCGGCCAUCGGAGACCUGGAGGUGGUGGCCAGGCAGCUUGGCAUGUACAUGGUGACCGUUAUCGUGGGCCUGGUGAUCCAUGGCGGCUUGAUCCUACCUGCUAUAUUCUUCGCUAUCACUAGAAAAAGCCCCUUCACUUUCUACUCUGGCAUCUUCCAGGCUUGGAUCACAGCUCUGGGCACUGCCAGCAGUGCAGGAACGUUACCCGUCACCUUCCGCUGCCUGGAGGAAAAUCUGAAGAUUGACAAGCGUGUGACUCGUUUUGUGCUGCCAAUAGGCGCCACCAUUAACAUGGACGGCACUGCGCUGUAUGAGGCUGUGGCAGCCAUCUUUAUUGCCCAGAUGAAUGACAUCUCUCUGGAUACGGGACAGAUCAUCACUGUCAGUAUGACUGCCACCCUGGCCAGUGUUGGAGCUGCCAGUAUUCCCAGUGCUGGACUGGUUACCAUGCUGCUGAUUCUGACGGCUGUGGGGCUGCCAACUCAGGACAUCAGUCUGCUCAUCGCUGUCGACUGGCUGCUUGACAGAAUGCGUACCUCCAUCAAUGUGGUGGGCGAUUCGUUUGGCGCAGGGAUCGUGGACCACUUGUCCAAGGCGGAGCUCGCUGAAAUUGACGCAGCAGAAAUGCUUCUGCUCCAUCCAGAGGAGGAGCUCGAUUUCAUCCCUCCUCCGCCGAUCCUCACCGAGAUUGACCUAAUCGACCCUUUCAAACCGCCCAACCUGCCUCCUCGCUCCCCUCGCCCUCCCAAACAAAACAACCACGGCCCAGUUCUGUCCCAGUCCCACUCCAUUAAUUACUCACCUUCCCGUUCUGUCCGAUCUCCAUCCCCACGCUCCAUCCGCUCUCCCUCUCCGCGCUCCGUUUGCUCCCACUCCCCCCGACCUUUCCGUGCUCAUUCACCACGCCUUCCCCGCAGGACGGAGGCGGGAUACUGCGCCCUGCCCAGCCAUGAUAACCAGGUUCCGACUAUGCAUCGGUCCUACAGAGAGAGAGACAGGGAACGGGAUCGUUUGAGGCGAGAGAGUGAAACCGAAGAGGACGAGGAGAGAGAGAGGGUUUUGGGUGAAGUGAGCGACGGUGAGGAGAGCGAUGACACUGCUUAUGACCGGAGACACGCCAUGCCGACGAGCGACCUGCCAUGAUUGGAUUUUUAUUGCCACAAAUCUCCCCCAUCAAUUAGUAUUUGUUUUUCUACAGCACAGUAGACUUCUGGCUGGUUACAUUGCUACUUCUUAGAUGUAUUGUGAGUUCUCUGCUCUUCAUUAGCAGAACUUUUGGAUAAAGUGAUUGACAAGCUCACACUUUGGGCUUAAAACAGAUAGAUAUUUAAAUGUUGAGGAGGCCCUUAAAACCAGGUCUGAGACUUUUGCUCUUACGUUUGAAAAAUUGAACUUAACUGGAAAGUUGUUUCCCUUUACUUGUGUCUCCUUUCCUGUCUUGAUUUGUCAUCUCAUAACCAAACUGAAAAUGCUCCUGUAUGUCUGAACUUACUUAAAUGCACCUGAUAGGAGAAAAAAUCUGCUCUCGACGAGAAAAGUAUCCCAGUGUUACCAGCUAUCAACGCACAUCAGUUUUUACAGUAGUCAAUCUUUUACCUUCGCUCAACUCUUUCUCUUCAACUUUUAUUUUCCUGGCAGAAGUGGAAAUUAUUUAAUUCAAAGGAAUAGUUUUACAUUUAGAAAAAAACACUGUCUUACAGAGCGUUAGACAAGAAAAGUGAUGUAAGAGCUGUUGUAAAACCCACCUACCAACAUCUCUUAAGCUCACUGUGUUUCAUGACAAAUCUUGUUUGCUUAAAAAGGGACACUACUAUUAUAAACAAUUUGUUGUUUUGGAACAGUAAACAGGUUUGGCAUCAAUGGGUCCCGGACAAGAAAUAGGCUAGCCCAUAAUACAUUUUGUGGUACAACUGCUGGCUGUAGUUUCAUAUUUAUCACACCGACACGAGAGGAAAUGUCAAACUAUUUCCUUAAAUGGCCUCGAUAAUACAGGUUCGUAUAAAGGGACAACCAGUAGACAUUAUUUUUAUACAUCUUUACCUUCUUGCAUUUUCUUCCUUGGGGCUCUUCUUGCACAUCACCUAUUACCUUGAUGUUAAUAUUGUCUAUAUUAUCUAUGGUUUGUAUUUUGUUGUUGUGGUCUGGUCUCUGAAAUGAUGAGUAAUAGGCAAGAUGCUGUUAACAUUUUGAUGUAUGUUUAAAUUGACUAGUUUUAAUCUUAUUUCAUUAUUCUUAAUUGCUGUAAAAUAACGUCAUCAGUCUCUUCCGCCCCACUGAGCAUUUCAUUUUCAUUUGAACUUGAUCAACUGCCUCCCACCACCCUUGAGUCUUAACUCAGACUCACAGGUCCAGCUCGUGUGUAUA